GAUGACGGAAUCUAAACUGAAUCAAUGUUUUACUGUCUAGGGGCUUCUAGCCUUAAUUUUCCAUAUUGAUUUAUCGGACAUGACGGUCUUUGGUAUACUUUUCAAAUAACUUAGAUCAUGAGUUAUAAUUUUCGAUAGUAGGUACAAAGAGACACAGAAAACAAAUACCGAGUACGUUUGCGAGCUCCUUACGUAGAUAGUACUUGUAAAGCUAGGUUGAGUGAGCUACACUAAUUAAAUAAUCGAAACGCUGUUCCUAGAUUCAUAAUUGAUGAUUUCAAUAUGUAUAAACAAUUUUCACUUCGAUGAAUACAUUAACAUAUAUAUCAAUCGAUCUUUAGAUAUUGGACCUCUAUGGUUAGAUUUGAGCGUCCAAUAUCGCUGUUAAGCAUUCCAUGGCUGGCUUCCAGCACAAAACGAAGUAUGUACGGCCUGUUCGAACCUAGACCGGGACGUAUCCCUAAGAUUAGAAGGCAAAGACGUUACCCUCUGAGCUAUCACCGGGAAAAAAUAUCGGACCUAACCGGGCCCGCCGUUUUAAUCUAACUACUGUAUUCAAGAGCCGCCAGUUAAGCAUUAAGUGUUUACAUCCGAAAUUCUGCAUUUGUAUUUAGCACAUGUGCGUACCCAUACGAUUGUUUUAGGGCUUCCUAUCGCAAUUGCUGCUUUCAUGCCCGUUACUUAUCCAAUGUAGGGACUGUGUAUUAAGGUUUUCGGUUACACAUAGCUUCACAACUUAACACAUGUAUAAGACCCACUUGCCUGUUUUUUUUCAGCAAACACAUAAUGCGCUCGAAAGUACGCCCGAAAAAAGGACACAGGCAAUUUCUGUAUGAGUUUUCGCCACACUAACAGCCAUGUUUCUUGUAGACCGCUUCAUGACAUCACGGCUAUAGUAAUGUUACACCACAACGUCCAUGGCUACCUGCAUGCAAGCUUGUUGGUGGCUCCACAAUUGUGCACGACACUCUGAAAACACGAUUGAGGAAGCGGUGGCGCAAAAACACGCCAAUCCCUCAACCUCAGUCAAUCCGUCGAAAUCCCCAGAAUCAUGCCCAGUGGAGUCAGUUUGAAUGACCUACGACCACGCUGUGGUUCCCUUCCCUUCGAUCUAGCCUGCCAAAGAGUCAGCAGGAGCGCGUCGCAACGUUCUUAUUGCCUCACUUCAGACCCAUUCUGCUGACCCAUCUCGUGAAACUAUUUGUUCCUCGCAGCUUCUACAUCAGGUCGUUGGGCCUCUGCGACCCUUUCCUUCAAUCGAACAAGGGUCUCUCGCCUCGGAGAGCACCUCACUGGGUAACCCUGCCUGCCUGUUUGCCUGCCUGCUGACCUUGUCGAUUGCCAACGAGCUCUCGCACGUUGCCCGUUUCUAUAGGUAAUAGACGAUAAGCUUUCUGUUGUGAAUUAUCCCUGAUUGUUUCGCUGUGUCCACAGCAGAGUCAAGUGAACGCAACUCGCCGUGAAACGACAAUAGCCUCUGUACCAGUCUAAUCAGUGUCUAAUUCAUCUGUACGAACGACAACGAAUUGUCGAUGGCGGAUCUCGGAGGACCGCUAGAUAUCAAAGCACCCGUUAUUUGGGUUCUGGGCGGUCCCGGUUCCGGAAAAGGUACUCAGUGCGCGAAAAUCGUCGAAAAAUAUGGCUAUGUGCAUAUCUCAUCCGGCGAUCUGCUUCGUGAUGAAGUAGCAAAGGCAUCGGUUCUCGGCCAGCAACUCAGUGAAAUUAUGAGGAAGGGUGAACUUGUUCCUUUAGAGACUGUUCUACAACUAUUGAAGAAUACAAUUAAAAACAAGUCGACCUCCGCUAAGGGCUUCCUUAUUGAUGGAUAUCCCCGGACCGUAGAUCAGGGUGAGAAGUUUACGUCGCUCGUGUGCCCCGUUAAAGCGAUUCUGUUUUUCGACCUCAGUGAUGACCUGAUGGCGGCACGAUUGCUCGAGCGCGGGAAGAGCUCGGGCCGUGCUGAUGACAAUGAGGAGACGAUCCGUAAGCGCCUUAAGACGUUCCGCAACGAAUCCAUGCCAGUCGUUGAUAAGUACAGGGAUAUGGUUCAUACGAUAUCGUCUACGGACCCCGUCGAUGUGGUUUUUGAAAAAGUUGCAGCUUUUAUGGACAAGCUCCAGUAAGCGUUCUGCUGAUGACACUGAAAUAUAACUUGAUAUGCGCGAUCGAAGGUAGCUAACUUCCUAACUAAACAAAAUAAAGACAAAUCAUCUUCGACAAAUUAUCUGUUCCAUUAUCAUCGAUGCGUGUAAGGAAUCGACGAAAAGAUCGUUUAGUACGAGACAGCUAGCCUUCUCACUCCCUCCCUUAUUGAAGGCUAGAAAGAAAAACAAAGUGCCCUAUAUAUAAACUUAACAAUAAUAAAGAGAGAAUUGUUCCACGAGCGCAUGUGAAACUGCCUCUGGACAGAAUACAUGCUUCUUCAUAUGUUCUGUGACCCCUAUUAAAAAGAAACAAUGAUAGAGUUGUAAAAAAAUUUACCGUGAUGAUAAUCGCACUAGCGGUAAUGACACACAUGCACUUCUUAUGCUCAUUAUUAUUGCUGACCUUUUUAAAAUUAUGUAUACACACACAUUUUAAAUCGAGCAGAAGACAAACGAAAACGAAAAUCACGAAUGUUAUCGUCGCUCAAAACUGAAUUAACUCAAAAACCGACUAAAAUUGUUUCGUUUACAUAACAAAUUGCGACUAAGUCCAUUGAGGCCAGUAAAGCUAGACUGUUUAUUGUGAUAGAUAGAUAGAUAGUUAUACGAAAAGGGAUAGAGUUGUUCGUGAUGGACACAACUAGAUCUGGCUAUUAGACUUCGGUGACGUUUACGUUUCCGUAGAGCAACUGUAACACCUUCACAAGGUGAUCCUCAGAAAGCAGAACAAUCACCUGCUAAUGCCGUUAGGCAAGUAAGCCUCAAUUUAAAAGUUUAAAUAUAAAUAAAAUUCAUCUUUCAAUCGUU